AUGGCUUACUGUGGAUACCCAGAGGCUUAUCCACAUGCAUAUCCACCGAAUCCACCAACUUAUUCACAGGUUCCACAGACUUAUUCACAUGCUCCACCAACUUACCCACAACCUCCAUCAGUUUAUCCACAGGUUCCGCCGGCUUAUCCACAACCUCCACCGCCGGCUUAUCCAUACCCUCCACCGGCUUAUCCACAAGCUCCACCGGUUCCAGCGACCUAUCUAUAUACUCCACAACCUUAUUUGCAGGCUCCACCAAUGUAUCCACAUGUUAAUCCAAGACCACAAAAACCUAAGAGGAGUCGUUUUGAAAGAUUGGGAUUAAAAGUAGGGUUGAUUGGAGUUGCAUGUGCAAUAACCAGUGGGGUGACUGGAGUUGAACAUAUGAUUUAUGAUGCUUUUGUUGGUGAUGAUGAUGAUGAUGAUGAGGAUGGUUUUGAAACUUAA